CCAACAGAGCCAUGGCGACUCCUUCUGCCGCCUUUGAGGCCCUUAUGACCGGAGUGACCAGCUGGGAUCUCCCGGAGGAAGCUGUGCCAUGUGAACUGCUUCUUAUUGGAGAGGCUUCAUUUCCUGUGAUGGUGAAUGACAUGGGUCAGGUCCUCAUUGCCGCCUCUUCCUAUGGCAGGGGUCGCAUGGUGGUGGUCGCUCAUGAGGACUACUUGGUGGAAAGCCAGCUCUUCGUCUUUCUUGUCAAUGCUGUGGGAUGGCUUCGUUCUUCUUCUGAGUCCGCCAUUGGUAUACACUCAUCGCUAGCACCACUGGUGAAAAUCUUCGAGAGCUGUGGAAUAGAGUCAACUAUUGAGCCCGAAGUGAAUGACUCCCUGGGAGUUUACUGUAUUGAUGCCUACAAUGAGAACAUGACUGAUAAGCUCGUCCAGUUCGUGAAACGCGGAGGCGGCUUGCUCAUAGGAGGCCAAGCCUGGGAUUGGGCUAACCAGGGUGAAGAUGAGAGAGUUCUGUUCACAUUUCCUGGGAAUCUGGUGACCAGUGUGGCUGGUGUGUACUUCACUGAAAACAAAGCAGAUACAGGUUUCUACAAAGUCUCUAAGAAGAUGCCUAAGAUUCCUGUCUUAGUUAGUUGUGAAGAUGACCUCUCAGAAGACAGAGACGAGCUUCUGCAUGGCAUCUCGGAGCUGGACAUCACCAACUCGGACUGUUUCCCAUCCCAGCUACUAGUACAUGGGGCUCUGGCUUUCCCCUUGGGGCUAGAUACCUACCAUGGCUGUGUGAUAGCGGCUGCCCGCUAUGGCAGGGGCCGAGUGGUUGUAACUGGCCAUAAAGUAUUAUUCACCGUGGGUAAACUUGGCCCAUUUCUGCUCAAUGCUGUCCGCUGGCUGGACGGGGGCCGCAGAGGCAAGAUUGUGGUGCAGACAGAGCUGAGGACACUAAGUGGUCUGCUCGCAGUAGGGGGUAUAGACACCAGCAUUGAGCCCCAACUAACCAGCGAUGCGAGUGUCUAUUGCUUUGAACCCACAAGUGACGUGGGGGUUAAGGAGCUGCAGGAGUUUGUAGCAGAGGGUGGUGGGUUGUUCGUUGGAGCCCAAGCCUGGUGGUGGGCCUUUAAGAAUCCAGGCGUGUCCCCUCUGGCUCACUUCCCAGGAAACCUGCUCCUCAACUCCUUCGGCAUCAGCAUCACAAGCCAGAGCCUCAACCCAGGCCCCUUCCGCACCCCUAAAGCGGGAAUAAGGACCUAUCACUUCCGCUCCACCCUGGCAGAGUUCGAAGUGAUAAUGGGCAGGAAGAGAGGGAAUGUGGAGAAGGGGUGGCUAGCCAAGCUGGGACCGGACGGGGCAGCCUUCCUGCAGAUCCCUGCAGAGGAGAUCCCCGCUUACAUGUCCGUGCACCGACUCCUGAGGAAGCUGCUGAGCCGUUAUCGGCUCCCAGUGGCAACCCGAGAGAACCCUGUCAUCAAUGACUGUUGUAGGGGUGCCAUGCUUUCCCUGGCCACAGGUCUGGCCCACUCUGGAAGUGACCUCUCACUGCUAGUCCCAGAAAUUGAAGACAUGUACAGCAGCCUCUACCUGCGCCCUUCCGAGUCCCCCAUCACGGUGGAUGUCAACUGCACCAAUCCAGGCACGCGAUACUGUUGGAUGAGCACUGGACUCUAUAUACCUGGAAGGCAAAUCAUAGAAGUCUCCUUGCCUGAAGAUGCUGCCUCUGCUGAUCUGAAGAUACAAAUCGGCUGCCAUACCGAUGACCUGACCAGAGCCAGCAAGCUGUUCCGAGGCCCCCUGGUGAUUAAUCGGUGUUGCCUGGACAAGCCCAUGAAAUCAAUUACCUGCCUCUGGGGUGGUCUCCUUUAUAUCAUCGUGCCUCAGAAUAGCAAGUUGGGUUCUGUGUCCAUCACCGUGAAGGGUGCCGUUCGUGCUCCAUACUACAAGCUAGGGGAGACAUCUCAGGAAGAAUGGAAGAGGCGUCUGCAGGAACAUCCUGGUCCGUGGGGAGAGCUGGCCACCGACAACCUCAUCCUGACUGUGCCAACUUCAAACCUCCGCGCUCUGGAGAAUCCGGAGCCACUACUCCGCCUCUGGGACGAGGUGAUGCAGGCUGUGGCAAGGCUGGGCGGGGAGACCUUCCCUUUGCGUCUGCCACAGAGGAUAGUGGCGGACGUGCAGAUCUCAGUCGGCUGGAUGCAUGCCGGGUACCCCAUUAUGUGCCAUCUGGAGUCAGUGCAGGAGCUCAUCAAUGAGAAGAUUAUCAGGACCAAGGGGCUAUGGGGCCCUGUGCAUGAGCUGGGUCGCAACCAGCAGAGGCAGGAGUGGGAAUUCCCGCCGCACACCACUGAAGCCACCUGCAACCUGUGGUGUGUUUAUGUGCAUGAGACGGUCCUGGGCAUACCUCGAAGCCGGGCCAACAUUGCCCUGUGGCCCCCUGUCCGGGAAAAGAGAGUCCGAAUCUACUUGAGCAAAGGGCCCAAUAUAAAGAACUGGAAUGCCUGGACCGCGCUGGAAACAUACUUACAGCUCCAAGAAGCCUUUGGCUGGGAACCAUUUAUUCGCCUCUUCACCGAGUACAGAAACCAGACCAACUUGCCCACAGACAACGUUGACAAAAUGAAUAUGUGGGCGAAGAUGUUCUCCCAGCAAGUGCAGAAGAAUCUGGCUCCAUUCUUUGAAGCCUGGGCCUGGCCCAUCCAGAAGGAAUUGGCAACCAGCCUAGCCUAUCUGCCUGAGUGGAAGGAAAAUAUAAUGAAAUUGUACCUCCUCACACAGAUGUAAGGAGUGCCCAUCGAGGUAGCAGGCCCCACUGAAACUGAAGUCAAGCAAUGCAAAAGAGAGCUGAGGAAAUUAAAAGAAUUUGGUUGGAGAAGAUCUCAACACAUUUCUGGAAGGGAUAAAGUAAAUGAAGCUUGAUGGCGAAUCGGAAACAAGAUGGCGGCACAUUUCAGAAAGAAUCUGACCGAUCUGACCAUCGUAACCCCAAAGAGACUUGAGCACUAGAAAAGUCUAGCGACUAAAUAAUUGUAUCAGUUGUAAAUUGACCCCCAUUCUACUCCGCCCCAGCCCUUGUACAUAGGACACAGAAAAUCUACCACUGGUAUCAGUGAA